AUGGCAAACAAAUUUUAUGCUAAAAUUGGUUUAAAUUCUGAAUUACCAUGCGUAAUUAUGUUUGGUAUGGCAUUUAUGCUUGUAUUUGCUGGCUUUGAUACCCAAGCUUUUAUCACCGAAAUAGCCUUACAAUCUGUAUCAAAUACAUAUCCUGGUCGGAUAUCACCACAUGCUGGAUAUUACGGGAUGUGUAUUACCUAUUUUGUUUUUACUUUAUCAACAUUUAUUACACCAAUUGUGGUCACUUAUUUGACUGCUAAAUGGACAAUGUUCUUAGCAAGUAUAUUGUAUACAACCUUUAUGGUCACUUUUAUGUUCGUUAAUAGUUAUGCUUUUUAUAUUGCAUCUGUCUUAUUGGGUUUUGCAGCAGCUCUUAUUUGGACUGGUCAUGGUGUUUAUAUGAAAGAAAUAACAACAUCCGGUAAUGAAUCACGAAAUAGCGGUCUUCAUUGGGGCAUCAAUUUUGUCAGCCUGAUCAUCGGUGGUAUACUCUUACUUGCAAUAUUUGGUAAGACAGGUGAAGCGGAAACGAUAUCAAUGGAACUGAUUAGAUAUAUUUUUGGUGGCUUAUCGACGUUUACAAUUUUAUCGAAUAUUUUAUUCGCUUUAUUACCCAAUUAUUCCAAUCAAUCAGUAACGAAACGUGAUAGCUUCUUAAAAACAAUAAGUAAAAGUAUACAGUUACUUACUGAUAUAAAGGUAUAUUUAUUAGCUGUAUGUUUCAUGUUUAUGGGCUUAUCAUUAUCACUUUACAUAACCAUUUAUCCUUCAUGUUUAUCUUUUUCCAAAUCAGUCGUCGGUUUUGGUAAUGAAAUUAUCGCUUAUUAUGCAUUUAUUACUUCAGCAUCACAGAUUUUUGGUGGAUGCUUUAUUAGUUUCUUAAGCAAACGAAUCAAUAACUUCGGAUAUAUGCCAACAAUGUUAAUUGCAUUACCAUUAUAUCUAUUAGCUUUUUUGGGCAUUUGUUUGGCUUUUCCUAGAAAUGCAAAUUUAAGGCCAACAAAUGAUGCCACCUAUUUGUCACCAAGCCUAUCAAUAUGGCUUAUCAUUGGAAUGUUAAUAUGUCUUGGUGAUAGUUGCUGGAAUACAUUACGAACAGCUGUACUCACAAAAAUGUACCAUCGUGAUUGUUCAUCACAAAUUUUUGCAUUAAGUAAAUUUUUUCAGUCGACGACAACCUGCGCAUCAUUUUUUAUUCAUCAAUUUUGGAUUUGCAUACUCAAAUGAUUAUUUUGACUGGUAGUGUAAUUGCUGCAUCGAUAUGUUUUACAAUAGCUUGGAAGAUACAUCUCCGGGAACUCUCGAAUAUUGCCCGAGUCAAACAUACUAAAACUGUUUCAAUUGUAUGUGGAAAUAAGAAUAUAUAAGUUUAUUAGCU